AGCCCCGCAAUAAAACCACCCGAAAAACCGUAGCAAAAGCGCUGCCAGGCCAUGUACCCCAUAGCAUAAUCAUACCACAGUGAAGUGCCCCACCACCACCCGCCGCCACCCCCCAGACAACACAACGAAGGCCCCUCUUCCUCCCCCCUUCUCCCCAAUUCCCUUCGCCAUCAUCCUCUGCUCCCCUCUCUCGCGACCCGCAGCCCGUCGAGUUCGAGUUCUUGGAGGAGCAGCUUGUUCAAGAACCCCGAUCCCACGCGAGGAGGGGGAGAGAGAAUCCGGACCCCGAGUUGACCCGCCAAAGCCCGGCGAGAUUCGGCUCGAUCUGAUUGCGAGCCAUGGAGCUGGACAGGAUCGAAUGCGUGUCCUACUCCGACGGUGUGGACGACGACGACGACGACGCCCCCGCUGUGCCGCCCCAGCAGCUCCCGCGCCCGUUCCUCAAGUCGUCCUCCGCCGCCGGUAGCGCGGCGGCGUCGGCGGCCGUGAACGUGGUCGUCGUCUCCGACCGCGGCGGGGGUGCGGGCCCGGCGACCGCGGGGCCGCUGAUAUCGCCGGGCACGGGCGUGCACGAGCUGCUCGAGUGCCCCGUUUGCACCAACUCCAUGUACCCGCCCAUCCACCAGUGCCAAAAUGGUCAUACUAUUUGUUCAACCUGCAAAACCCGGGUGCACAACCGCUGCCCAACCUGUCGACAGGAGCUUGGUGACAUCAGGUGUUUGGCAUUGGAAAAAGUGGCUGAAUCACUUGAGCUUCCCUGCAAAUACUACUCCCUCGGUUGUCUAGAGGUCUUCCCAUACUAUAGCAAACUCAAGCAUGAAUCACAGUGCAAUUUUAGGCCAUACAACUGCCCAUAUGCGGGCUCUGAAUGCUCAGUUCUAGGGGAUAUUCCUUUUCUUGUUGCGCAUCUAAGAGACGACCAUAAAGUUGACAUGCACUCUGGGUGCACAUUUAAUCACCGCUAUGUCAAGUCCAACCCAAGAGAGGUCGAAAAUGCAACCUGGAUGCUAACCGUUUUCCAUUGUUUUGGGCAGUACUUCUGCUUGCACUUCGAGGCUUUCCAGCUUGGAAUGGCACCAGUAUACAUGGCUUUCCUCCGUUUUAUGGGCGACGAAAAUGAUGCAAGGAACUACAGCUAUAGCCUUGAGGUUGGAGCAAAUGGCAGGAAGAUGAUAUGGGAGGGCACUCCCCGCAGCAUCCGGGACAGCCACCGGAAGGUUAGGGAUAGCCAUGACGGCCUAAUAAUUCAGCGCAACAUGGCUCUCUUCUUCUCAGGUGGAGACAGGAAAGAGUUGAAACUGCGGGUCACGGGCCGUAUCUGUAAGGAACAGCAGAAUCCCGACUCAGGAGCCUGCAUUCCUAAUCUGUUCAGCUGAACUCAAUAACCAGAAAAAGGAUUGAUGCAGCUGUAGAUUUAUACGGUUGAUGUGCUUGUGUGUGUUUCUCUGUAAUUUGUGUUUUGUUAUUUUCAUUGUCCUGCCAAUCCGCCAUUUGCGGCCUGCCCUAAAUUAGUAGAGCGUAUUGUUGGGAGGAUCAUGAAAAUACGAGUGUAGCUUGUGGGCUGUGACUAAUUCUCAUGAAUAACAUGAUCAGCGAUUGUCAGAUU